GGUACGGUGCUGGUCCAGGGAUGGGAAUGGGUCCAGGAGGAGGCGGUGGAGGCGGCGGAUCAGGUGGUGACGUGCAGAACGGGAGCAAUGGCGGCUCUGGUGGCGGCAACGCGGGGAACGCAGCGCUGUCGGCAGCAGCCAUGGUGGCCGCCGCCACUGCUACCGCCACAGCCACCGCCUCUGUUGUCAUGGCCCAGGAGCGUCAGCAACAAGGCCACAAUCCCCAACCCGACCACAAUUCCCAUCAAUACUCACAGUGGGGCACCGAGAUGCGGACGACUUGUGUUGUGUGUCGACCCGUGGCGCACUGACGGCUCACUUGCGCGUGAGAUGAACUCCGAAAGGGAGGGGAAAUAUGCGGAAUUUUCCGGGUAUCUGCUCGGAUCCGACGAUGCCUCGUUGCCCUCGCUGACGAUUCUUCAUCAGCCGAGCGAAAUAGAAAAUGACUGGAGCGAUGAGUUGGGGAAAGCCGGGAAAACCUUGACGAGGGCGGGAAAUGUGUGUCAAUCCUUGGGUCAGGCCCGGGAAAUCACGAGCCCUUGCGAUCGACUGCGGGAGAACCUGUGCGAAAAUAUGUUUCCGCGUCGGGCCCUGUCGUCGACAAGGCGCUACAAGAGCACCCGAACUGAGCAUGCGGGCUGGGAAAGGAGCCAGAUUCUUUUCCAUUUCCCUUCUCCCUCAUCGGGCUUCUUUGCCUCCCCGCCUGGCGAUCCCCGAGGAUCCCUGGGCCUCCUCCUCGCCCACCACAUUCGAGCUGGCUUCUGGAGAUCUCCUACUUUACCUGCCUCGCUAACCCCUCUUCAUUCGCAGCCCCUCCCGUUUCAUCGCUCAACUUGGCGACAGAAGAAUGCCAAUAUUUCUGUGUUCUCUACAGAGUUACAAUACUUUGCUUCUCGAGGUCGUGAUUCAAAAGCUACACUUGGUCGGGCUUCUGGCUGCCUCAACGUGUUCUUUCUCAAAUUUCCGCCUGCAGCACAGAAAAAACUUUUCGAUGAACAUCUGCCGGAACCCGUUCCGACUUGA